GGCUCGAAGCGCCGCCCCGGGGGGCUCCAGCUGUCGCACAUCUGGAUCCGCGGAGCCCCGCCCAGCGGCGGCGACCACAGAGGCGGCCCCGGCGCCAGCCCCGAGUCAGCCGGGCAGAGGAGGAGCAGGAGCAGGAGCGGGAGCAGGAGGCCCGACCCGGAGCAGCGCAGCGUUUGUGGGGCUCGGGGGGAGGGUCCAGGGCUCCGGGAGGGCUGCGCGGGUGCCGGACCCGCGGACGAGAGGAGGCCGAGGCCGGCCGAGGGGCUCCGGCUCCGGCCGCCCCCGCCGGACCGGCCGCUCCGCCAGGAGCUGUGUACAAACAAGGACCGCGGGGGCUGGCGCCUCUUAAGGUGGACUGGACUGCUUAAGGUGGACUGGCAUCCGUGCGGGGGUGUGGGGGUGCUCCCUUUUCCCUUCCUUCCCCCUCUUUCUCAUCUCUCCCCCCCCUCUUGCAUCAGACGCUCGCUGGAUUCUGGCGCUCGGGCCGAAUCGGCCGGACUUUGACCAUUUCUCCACGGGGCUUGACCCUCGGGGUGCCCGGAGUUAAGAGGCCACAGAGAAAGCGAACCCGGAGCAGGACGGACCCCAGCCCCUCACCCCCCAUCUCAUCCAGCUGCUAACGAUGCCCCCCACCCAUUUUUACUUAAGAGGAGAGCAGCCCAUGGACCGGGGAGUGGGGGAAAGGAGCCACAGGCCCAGCGACCCCGAGUUCGUGGGAACCCUCCGUGGGCCUGGCCAGCCCCGGGCUCAUUCUUGAGCCUACCCCGCGCUGGAAGAAGGGACCGCUUCUGGGUCCGGCCCCUGGCGCCCACCGCCUUGUCCUGAGCCCAGCCCACGUCCACAGCCUUCUCUUCCUCGGACCCCCCACCAGCUGCGUGCCCGACGCCUGCCCAAGGGGAUGGAGACAGUGGGAAAGUUUGAGUUCAGCCGGAAGGACCUGAUUGGCCACGGGGCAUUCGCCGUGGUCUUUAAAGGGAGGCAUAAAGAGAAACAUGAGCUGGAGGUGGCCGUCAAGUGCAUUAACAAGAAAAACCUGGCCAAGUCUCAGACCCUGUUGGGAAAGGAAAUCAAAAUCCUGAAGGAAUUGAAACAUGAAAAUAUCGUGGCCUUGUAUGAUUUUCAGGAGGUGGCCAGUUCAGUGUACCUGGUCAUGGAGUACUGCAAUGGGGGCGACCUUGCUGACUACCUGCACUCCAUGAGGACCCUGAGUGAGGACACCAUCCGCCUCUUCCUCCAGCAGAUCACAGGCGCCAUGAAGAUGCUACAUAGCAAGGGCAUCAUCCAUCGGGACCUGAAGCCUCAGAAUAUCCUCUUGUCCUACUCCGGGGGCCGAAAGUCCAACCCCAACAACAUCCGGGUGAAGAUCGCGGAUUUUGGAUUUGCCCGUUAUCUACAGAACAACAUGAUGGCGGCCACGCUCUGCGGUUCCCCCAUGUACAUGGCCCCCGAAGUCAUCAUGUCCCAACACUAUGAUGCCAAAGCUGAUCUAUGGAGUAUCGGGACAAUCAUUUACCAGUGUCUGACAGGAAAGGCCCCCUUCCAGGCCAGCAGUCCGCAAGAUCUACGGCUGUUCUAUGAGAAGAACAAGACGCUGUUGCCCAGCAUCCCCCGGGAGACGUCCAGUGCCCUGAGACAGCUGCUUCUGGGCCUCCUUCAGCGGAACCACAAAGAUCGGAUGGACUUUGAUGAGUUUUUCCAUCACCCUUUCUUGGAUGCAAGCUCCUCCAUCAAGAAAUCUCCCCCCGUGCCCAUGCCCUCUUACCCCAGCUCAGGCAGUUCUUCCAGUAGCAGCUCUACCUCCCACCUGGCCUCGCCUCCUCAGUCCCUGGGGGAGAUGCAGCAGCAGCUGCAGAAGACACUGACCUCCCCGGCCCCAGAUACCGGAGGCUUCUUCCAGGGCUCCAAGGACUCAGGCGGCAGCAGCAAGAACUCUUCCUGUGACACGGAUGACUUUGUCAUGGUCCCCGCCCAGUUCCCAACGGACUUGACAGGGGAAGCUGCCGGAGCCAAGGCCCCUCAGGACAGUCUGAUGUACAGUGGGAGCUCCCUGGUGACUUCAGCUGGGCUGGAGAGCCAAGGCCGGACGCCAUCUCCCUCACCACCCUACAGUGGUUCCCCCAGCCCCUCUGGCCGACCCAGUGCUUUUUCCAGCAGCAGGUAUGGCCCGUCCGUCCCCAUCCCUGUCCCCACUCAGAUCCAGAACUACAGAAGAAUCGAACAGAACCUCCAGUCCCCCAACCAGUACACUCCGCCACCACCACGGUCUGGCAUGGUUCGGAGGUCCAGCAGCACCAGCCCCCUGGGCUUUAAGACUGGCAUCUCCCCGCCAUCCUUCCCUGAGCACGGAGCCACCUUUCCCAGGAAAUCUUCUUUGGGAGGUGCCAAGCCGUAUAACCCAUCUCCCCAAGCUGGAGCCAUCCCAGAACGUCCAGGACAAAGCAGGGUCCCCUCCCCACAAGGCACGGAGAUGUGUGGACUUGGCGGCGGUGGUAGCAGGGUCUCCAGGCCUGGCACCUCUCUCCCAGAACAUUCUCCCAGGGGGCUUGGCUACCGGCUGCACAGCGCCCCCAACCUCUCUGACCUGCAUGUGGUGAGGCCCAAAUUGCCCAAGCCGCCCACAGACCCUCUGGUGGCUCCCUUUGCUUACUCCCAGGCAAGUCCGCCCCAACAGCACUAUGGUCUGCAGCCAUGCCGGACCCUCAGGGCAUCCCCGAAGCUGCCCGAUUUCAUGCAGCGGAACCCCCUCCCCCCCAUCCUGGGCUCUCCCACCAAGGCUGUGCCUGCAUUUGAGUUCCCCAAGACGCCGAGUUCCCAGAACCUGCUCACUCUCCUGGCCCAUCAAGGGGUAGUGGUGACCCCCACACGGAACAGGACUCUGCCUGACCUUCGAGAGAUGGGCCACUUCCAGAGCCCACCCAGCCUGGGCUUGAGACCCGUGGAAGAGAUCAAGGGACCCUUUGGCAGGUCCCUCAGCACCGGUCGCCUCACUGACCUGCUCCUCAAAGCUGCAUUUGGGUCUCAAGCCCCUGACACAGGGAGCAACGAAAGUCUUCAGGAGAAGCCCAUGGAGAUCGCUCCCUCUGCUGGAUAUGGAGGGAACCUGCUCCCGGGGGCUAGGGCCGGGGGCUCCUCCAGCCCCUCCCCUGUCAUAUUCACGGUGGGCUCCCCUCCCAGCGGCACAACUCCACCCCAAGUCCCUCGGACUCGGAUGUUCUCGGGUCCCUGCUGGCUGCCUCUCCUUCACACACACGCAGAUACCCUCCUCUUGGGCUCCUCCAGUUCCCAGAGCUCGGGUGGCUCCUUCAGCAGCCGCCACCUGAUCCCUGGCAUGGGAGGUGAGGCGGCGGAGGCCCCGACCAAUCUGCGCUGCUACGGCUUCACUGACCCCAUCACUGCCAACCUGGAGGGGGCUGUCACCUUCGAGGCCCCUGACCUGCCUGAGGAGACACUCAUGGAGCAAGAACACACAGACAUUCUCCGCAGCCUCCGGUUCACGCUGGCCUUUGUUCACUGUGUCAUGGAGAUGGCCUCCGCCAAGGGCAGCACCGGCGAGAUGGGCAGCUCCGUGGCCUCCGAAUACCAGCUGCAGGAGAGCAUCGUGGCCGACCAGAUCAGCUUGCUGAGCCGGGAGUGGAGUUAUGCCGAACAGCUGGUGUUAUACCUGAAGGUGGCAGAGCUGCUCUCCUCUGGCCUUCAGACAGCUAUCGAGCAGAUCAAAGCUGGGAGACUCUGCCUGUCAUCCACUGUCAAGCAAAUCGUGCGGAAACUGAAUGAGCUUUACAAGUCGAGCGUGUCCUCCUGUCAUUGCCUGAACCUGCAGCUGCAGAAGUUUUUUCUGGAUAAGCAGAGGCUCAUGGACCGAAUCAACAGCAUCACGGCUGAGAAGUUGAUCUUCAACUAUGCCGUGCAGAUGGUGCGCUCUGCGGCCCUGGACGAGAUGUUCCACCACCGCGAGGACUGCGUGCAGCGCUACCACAAGGCCUUGUUGCUCAUGGAGGGCCUCCAGCAGAUCCUCACAGAACAGGGGGAUGUUGAGAACAUCAAUAAAUGCAAGAUGUGUAUAGAGCGGAGACUCUCGGCCCUGCUGUCUGGCAUUUGUGCCUAAGCCCCCCGUGCAGCUUCUCUUGCCCACCCACCAGCCUUUUAUGCUUCACGGGACAGCCGUCCGCCCACCCACCAACUGUGGGUCAGUUCCUGGCAGCCGCGUGGGCAGCAGCAUCAUGUCUGCAGUCUUGGCCAGACAGACUUGUCAGGACAAAGGUUGUUGGAUCCGUCUCCGAGAAUCCACAUCCAGGUUUUGCAGCCCUGUGUGACCUCUGCCUCUCUCCCAGGAACAGAGCAAAGGAGAUGAGAAGAGACUACAGUCAGUCCCAGCUCGCUCAGCCACCCAGAAAUAGGGGAGGCCUUUCUCUCCCCAGGGGGGAGACCACAGGACUUUUGUCCCCAUUAUCCCUUGUCCUUUGAAGAGAGUCAAGCUGCUACAUAAUUAACUCUUACCAUUUCCAGGGGUCGGGCCCCUCCAUUGCUCUGUCCGUUGCAGGCAGUGGACACGGGGACACAAGGAGGGGACCCCAAGCAUGAAACCCUGACACCAGGCCAGUUAUUCCCUCUUCCCAUCCCCACCCCCACUCUCCCUGCUUUCUCUGCCAGUCAAUCACUUUUCCGAGAUGGUUCUGCCCUGACCUGGCACGCCAGCAAGCAAACUACCUGCGGAUGGCCAGAGCUAGAGCCAGCCGACCGGUGGGGUGGGGACUCCUCCCCCUCCCCCCCCAACUUUUCGCCUCAAGAACUCGGAUGAUUUUUGUGUGCUGGAUCUCUUUAACGCCAAAAUGUGCAUAUUCUUAGCGGCUUCAUCCUCAACAUGCUCAAAUGAGCCCAGAUGAAAAUGCACGUCAUCUCUUGCUUUUAAUCUGACUUUAAGGGGGAUUUAAAAAUUAAAAAAAAAAAGCCCCAUAGCCAACCCACACUAGCUUUGUGAAUCGGAAGGAGCACUUUACACGCCGUGGUUGGAGAGGAAGACCUUUGAUCACCUCUCAGGUUCCCCACAACCAUACUGACUGCUACAAAAAACUGUCCUCCCCCUUCUCCCCUCACACCCCCAGUUACUAUAUUGCACUACAAGCGUGUAUAUAUAUAUAUAUAUAAGUACGUGUGUGUGAGUGUGUGUAUGUUGUGUGUAUUUAACGGAACUGUAUCCUGUACUUGUGAUGGAAACAACAGAUGCAGCACCGCAUUGUGCCAGCUUGGGACCUGCCGUUCCAAGAGAAGAGAUACAGUCUUUUUAAUUUAAUGUUCUUUUAAGGACAGACAGUAUGAAUAUAAAGCCUCCAGGCUUUCUAAUUUCAGAACAGACGUUGAAAAAUCUCACACACUUCAGACCUAAAAAAAAAGUGUUUCUUUUUAAAGAAAAAAAAAACUUUAUAUAUAGAGAGUUUUGGUUUUCUUUUUGUUGUGGAAGGGUGGGGUGGGGCUUGGGUGUGUGGGUGAUUGUGUGAUUGUGUGAGGGAAAGCUCAGUGUUGCUUUUCUGAUAAUGAUGCCAUGGGUGAAUGCCUGGUUGCUUGCUUUGCUUUGUGUGAUCGGCGCUGGGGUCUGAUUGGCCGUCAGGUCUUCUCUGACUGAACACAGGGUCCUGGCCAGCAGUAUUGUGUGAGCCCCGUGAAGGAGUGACACAUUCACACCAUGGGCCUCCAGAAGUGGGUAUGUGGGAGGGAGUGGUGUGAAAGACCACCUCUUUCCCAAGUGAGCCCUCACUAGGUGACUAGUGACUCCCCAGACAGAGCAGUGUGGGUUGCCAUUAAAAAACAUAUGCAAAAAACCUCCCCAAAGCUUAUGUUUGGCCCUAACAUUCAACAAGGGGACCUUCCUGCCCUGCUUCCCAGGAAUGUAUUCCGGGGGGGCCCCAUCAACUUCCAGAGGUCUUUGGCAGACGGUUAAAAGGGGCCCUGUGGUCACAGCCCAGCUCUCCUGCCUUCCCCCAACCCCCUUGAGUCCAGUUUCUUGAAGAACCCCUAUCUAGGGCACGUAGUGGGUACUUUCCCCACAAGCCUGAAAGGCGGUGGAUAGCGUCUCCCCAGGAGUCUCCAACUCAGGUAACAGGGCCCUGUUGUGUGCUUGAGAAGAGAAAACCGUGUGAGUUGGUCAUCCUGGAAUCCAUCUCUCAUCUGUGAUUCAAGUUAUGUAUUGAAUGUAUCGCAAGGGUCCCAAUUCAACCUUCCUAUAGACUCAUUGCCUUUCCCCCACAAGUGGUUUACAACAAAUUUUUUAUAUAUACACACAUACAUACAUGCAUAUAUGUAUAUAGAAGAUUCACAUAGGUGUGUAUGUAUAUAUACACAGAUGUAUGUACACACAUACAUUUUUUCUCAAUACUUGAAAUUGCCACUGCUUGGAAUUAAGAUGGGGAGUGGGGAGGAUGCGCUAUUUCUUUGCCAUAACCUUGGCAACAUUUUCACCAUGAGUGCAUGUAGUGUGUUAAUUAACUUUCCCUGCUGAUUAGCAAUUUCUUGCUUUGUAGUCCAUGAUGGAAUGCAAACAAAUCUCAACAGCAAAACCCCAAGAUUGUUGCUGACAUCCUCCAUGUUCCAGAGUUGUGUCUGUGGCCACAUUUGUGUGUUGUUACUAGUGUCUUAAUAGGUUUUAAGAGCCCUCGGACUAACGAAUGCAUAGCUUCAGGAUUGCGUGGAAAAGACAUCCUGUUAGUUUUCACGGUAAUUAAUGCUUGAUAUGUGUGGUGUGUGUUUUUUUUUUAAGGUUCUGUUUGUGUGACCCCGCCCCCCCUUUUUUUUUCCUUUAAAUUGUGUAAUAUCAAUUUAAGUAAAUAAAAUGAUUUGAAAUUGUU